CUGGCUAACGAACUCGGGGAGUUGAGUAUCGUUGGCAAGAAAAAUAAGGGGAAGCAGAAGGCAUUAACUAAGGAAGAGGAGGAGCAAAAAAAGAAAGAGGAAGAGCAAAAAAAAAAAGAGGAAGAACAAAAGAAAAAGAAAGAGGAAGAGCAAAUUAAGCUGGAAAACGAGAAGCUUCAGGAGAAGAAGCACAAAGUAGCCAGACUCAAGAAAGAGGAGGAGCUCGCGAAGGGGGGACACGCAAAAGUUGAGUUAUCUGACAAACGCCUUAACCAGGAGACAGGUGAUACCGAGUUUAGGAAAUAUACGGCACGCACCCGCCAAGAACUCGAUAAACUUGGCAUCCAAGAAAAGGAAUGGACUCAUGACGAGAUGGAGCACAAUGCGCGAGAGAAACUGAAGCACAUAAAAAAUCAUAUGGCAGGUGACGACACUUCUGAGUGGCAUAAACUGGAGAUGGAGAGUCAGAGAAUGUGCAACAUAGAAAACGUCAAAAGCGCUGCCAGCUAUGUAUUCGACGGUGGCAUGCCGCUCGAGAACGAUGCGGAUUCGGUCGUCUUGCCUUCGGAUGAUCAGAAGCCGGCUGACGAGAGCCCGGCUGGCAAGAGCCUGGCUGACGAAGGUCCUGCUGGCGAGGGUCCUACUAACGAGGAUUCAGCUGGAGAGGGUUCAGCUGGAGAGUAUUCAGCUGGAGAGUAUUCGGAAGACUCAAGUGAGCAAGAUGAUCCAAAUGAUUUGACUUAUCACCCCUGA